AUGGCUUCCGUGUCAAACACGAAAGUUCCUUUCAUUCCUCCUCCUGAAAUAUCUGUGGAAGAUAAAAAGGACAAUGAAUUUGGUCAAUUAACAUCGAAAGAAUUUUUGUAUGAGGUUCGUUCUCGCCAAAAAAAACCCUUACGCGACCCAAUCCUGGAUGCUCCACCAUAUUAUGUGUCGGUCAUCACUUAUUUGAACUACUUGAUUUUGAUCAUAUUAGGUCACAUCCACGACUUUUUAGGUCUUACCUUUAGAAAAGAUAGGCAUCCUGACAUCAUCGAGAAAGAUGGACUUGCUCCAUGGUACUCUAAAUUUGAAAGCUUUUUCGUCCGCAGAAUGAAGAAAAGAAUUGACGAUUGUUUCUCCAGACCUACUACCGGUGUACCAGGCAGAUUUAUAACCUGUAUUGAUAGAAUUUCUCAUGACUUGAACGAAUAUUUUACCUACCCCGGGACGACAACAAUGUGCUUGAAUUUAUCAUCCUACAACUACCUGGGCUUCGCUCAAAGUGAAGGCCAAUGUACAGAUGCUGCUUUGAAAGUGGUAGAUGAAUAUGGGAUUGCAUCACGUGGUCCAAGAGCGCAAAUUGGCACUACGGAUCUCCAUGUGCUUGCUGAGCGAUACAUUGCUAAUUUCGUGGGCAAGCCUGAUGCAAUGGUCUUUUCCAUGGGAUAUGGUACUAAUGCCAACUUUUUCAAUUCUUUUUUAGAUGAGAAGUGUCUAGUAAUUUCUGAUGAAUUAAACCAUACGUCGAUCAGGACAGGUUUAAGAUUAUCUGGCGCAGCUGUGCGUAUUUUCAAACACAACGACAUGGAUGCACUGGAAAAGCUUAUUAGGGAUCAAAUUGUACAGGGCCAACCAAAAACUCAUAGACCUUGGAAAAAGAUCCUGAUUUGUGUUGAAGGGCUUUUCUCUAUGGAAGGAACGAUGUGCAACUUGCCAAGGCUAGUGGAAUUGAAGAAGAAGUACAAAUGUUAUCUGUUCAUUGACGAGGCACAUUCUAUUGGAGCUAUGGGCCCAGAAGGACGUGGUGUAUGUGAUUACUUUGGGAUUGAUCCUUCUGAAGUCGAUAUUUUGAUGGGAACACUGACGAAAUCUUUCGGUGCGGCCGGUGGCUACGUUGCGGCAGAUAAAGAUAUUAUAGAGAGACUCAGAAUUGAUUUAACAACAUCAAAUUAUGGUGAAUCAAUUCCAAUUCCUGUAUUAGCCCAGAUUGUUUCCUCUAUGCGCACUAUUGUGGGUGAAUUGAAACCUGGUGAAGGUAAGGAAAGACUUCAGCGCAUUGCAUUCAACUCAAGAUAUCUCCGUUUGGCCCUGCAACGGUUAGGAUUUAUUGUCUAUGGUAUCGCCGACUCUCCUGUUAUCCCCAUGCUUCUAUAUGCGCCUUCCAAAAUGCCAGCAUUUUCCAGAAUGAUGUUGCAAAGAAAAAUUGCUGUCGUUGUUGUAGCAUAUCCCGCAACUCCUUUAAUCGAAUCAAGAGUUAGAUUUUGUGUUUCUGCAUCCUUGACAAAGGAAGAUAUUGACUACCUGUUACGCCACGUGAACGAAGUUGGAGAGAAACUCUUUCUGAAAGUUAGCACAGGUAGGGCCGGUGGCUCACUGGAUGGCCGUCCACCUAGGUGGGACAUCGAUGAGGUGAUCAGAAGAACCCCAACUGAUUGCAAGGAUGACAAGUACUUCCUCAUAUGA